AUCAACAAAGCUUUCUUUAUUCUCUUCUUUAUACUUUUGCCAUUAAAGCUUCUCAAUGGAAUUUUAUUUCUUUUACCACUGAUCUUCGAAAUAGGAGGAGAAUUGUCAAUGGGCCCCAACACCAUCCCCGUGGCAGUUGAAAGCUACACCACCUCAAACCAUUUGACCACAUCCUGACCAACUUUAGCCAUUAUUGGCCACAUCCCAUAAGAAACAUCCAAAAAACACGAACUUCCAAACCCAACCCCUCCCAUAUAUAACAUAACCAAAACCCCACCACACCUCUAUGCCACAACCACUCACUCUCAUGGAACAGACACUUCUACCAAAACAUUCUCGCCGGGCUUCUGGGCCUACACCUCGUGGAGGGACCCAAUUGCCGGAGAGCCCACGAGCCCCAAUGGAGUUUCUGUCAAGGUCUUGGAGCGCUUCUGCUCUUGAAGUUUCCAAAGCUCUAGCUCCUCCUCCUGCUCUUUCUUCUUCUACUGCUACUACUUCUUCAUGCAUGGCUUCCAAGUCUACUAGCGGAGCUUCUUCUUGCACCACCAACUCUAUACCAGAAGACAUAGCUGGAGAGUGUGAGGAGCUUCCUCAAACUGAUAACAGUCUCUCAGCAAACCAGUUCUCAUUUGCUUCAUGUGCCACUUCUCAGCUAGUUCUUGAGCGCAUUAUGUCACAGUCUGUGAGAGAGGAAGUGUCGCCACUAACAUCAGGAAGGCUAUCUCACAGUAGCGAACCUUUGAAUGGCGUUGGUUCUUUAACAGGAACAGAUAGUCCCCCAGUUUCUCCAUCUGAGGAAUUCGACGACGUUGUUAAGUUUUUCCGUGCCAACAAUACCAUACAGCCCCUAUUCAAUGGUGGUCGUGCUAGUGCUGGCAAUGCUAAUGGCAACCCUGGUGGUGGAGCCAAGACAGUUGGGAGGUGGUUGAAGGAAAGGAAAGAGAAAAAGAAAGAGGAAACCAGAGCCCACAAUGCUCAGCUCCAUGCAGCCAUUUCAGUUUCUGCAGUGGCUUCAGCCAUAGCAGCCAUUGCAGCAGCCACAGCAGCCUCUUCAGCUUCAGCAAAGAAUGAGCAGUUGGCCAAGACUGACAUGGCUGUGGCAUCAGCCGCAACAUUAGUAGCUGCACAAUGUGUGGAGGCUGCAGAAGCCAUGGGAGCUGAGCGUGAUCACCUUGCUUCGGUUGUCAGCUCUGCUGUCAAUGUGCGUUCUUAUGAUGAUAUCCUUACUCUUAAUGCAGCAGCAGCUACAGCUCUACGUGGGGCAGCUACCUUGAAGGCAAGAGCUCUAAAGGAAGUGUGGAAUAUUGCAGCAGUUACACCUCUGGAGAAAGGAAUGGGAAUUGGAAUUUGUGGUAAAGUCAAUAAUGGUCAUCCUAGUAGUAGCUCUAGUGGAGAACUUGCUCCUGGAGAGAAUUAUCUAGGCAUCUGUAGCCAAGACUUUCUUGCUAAGGGAACUGAGCUCCUUAAACGCACGCGCAAAGGUGAUCUUCAUUGGAAGAUUGUAUCUGUUUAUAUUCAUCGAACAGGCCAGGUAAUGCUAAAGAUGAAGAGCAAACAUGUCGCAGGGACCAUCACCAAAAAGAAAAAGAAUGUGGUGAUGGAAGUGUACAAGGACAUGCCAGCAUGGCCGGGAAGACACUUGUUUGAUGGGGGAGAGCAGCGUCGUUACUUCGGAUUGAAGACUGAACUGCGAGGUAUUGUGGAGUUCGAGUGCAAGAACCAGAGAGAAUAUGAUAUCUGGACUCAAGGAGUUUCAAGGCUUCUCUCCAUUGUGGCAGAAAGAGAGAACGGAAAAGUUGCAUGAAGUUUAUGCCAACUGGCUGGACAAUAAGUAUUAGGACAAUUAAUUUUAUUAAAGUAGGGACAUAGGUAAUGGUCCCAAGCAUAAGCAAAAGAUAAUAGGAUUCAGCUUUCAAUGCUUUAGAAGGAAAGGAGAAAACAGUAAUAGGAAGGGUAUAAAGUUUGCUUUGGGUUGAGGUAAGGGUAAACAAUCAAUCAGUUGGCCACUUGGCCUGCUUUUAAAUUAUAUGUGGGCAUACCAAUUAGUUA